ACAAAAUGGUGGCAAAAGCCAUCUCUUCUUCUCUUCUUUUGCUCAUCAUCUUCUCCUCCUCUUCGCUAGCCGCAUCCCAAACGAAAACAGAGGAUGGAGAAAGGCAAAUUCUCCUCCGAAUCAGGAAGGACUGGGGCAACCCCUCGGUUCUCGGCUCUUGGAACGACUCCACCCCCACCGGACACUGCAAAUGGAUCGGAAUUCAAUGCUCCGCUGAUGGCUCUGUGACCACUAUCACACUUUCCAACCAGAACAUCGCCCAACCCAUCCCCGCCGCCAUAUGCAAGCUGAAAAAUCUCUCCAUCCUCGACCUCAGUCACACCGGCAUCCCCGGCACCUUUCCCACAUCCCUCUACAACUGCUCUAACCUCCUCUACCUCGACCUCUCCUCGAACCACCUUGUCGGCGUGAUACCCUCCGAUAUCUACCGUCUCUCUCCCCGUCUCACUGACCUCAUCCUCUCAGACAAUAACUUCACCGGAGAAAUUCCGCCCUCCAUCGGCCGGCUCUCGGCGAUUGAACAUCUCUCUCUCUAUGACAACUUCUUCAAUGCGUCAUUCCCAGCCGAGCUCGGCAACCUCUCAAACCUCCAAACCCUAAGGCUUGGAGGUAAUCCCUUCGCUCCAGCAACGAUCCCUCCAACUUUCCGCAAUUUGACUCAGCUGAGCUUCCUGGGUAUGGGACAGGCUAAUUUGAAGGGCGAGAUCCCUGAAUUCAUCGGAGAGUUGACGGGGAUGCGGUUAUUGUACCUACCGUCGAACUCCCUCAGUGGAAGCAUACCCGCCGGAAUCUGGAAUCUAAAGAAGUUGCGGUACCUUUAUUUAUAUAAAAACAAUCUAACUGGAGCGAUCAUCAUCGACAAACCAAUUGGCGCCUUGGGGCUGGAAGAGAUCGACGUCUCGAUGAAUCAAUUAAAUGGAUCCAUCCCGGAGGAAUUCGGCAAGCUUCAGAGCCUCUCUCUCCUUUACAUGUACAACAACCGGUUUUCCGGCGAGAUCCCGGAGAGCAUCAGAGAGUCGACGGAGAUGACCUUAUUGGAUGUUUCGGUGAACUCCCUCAGUGGAAGCAUACCCGCCGGAAUCUGGAAUCUAACGAAGUUGCGGAUCCUUUAUUUGUUUGCAAACAACCUAACUGGAGCGAUCAACAUCGACAGACCAAUUGGCGCCUUGGGGCUGGAAAAGAUCGACGUCUCGAUGAAUCAAUUAAAUGGAUCCAUCCCGGAGGAAUUCGGCAAGCUUCAGAACCUCUCUCUCCUUUUCAUGUACUACAACCAGUUUUCCGGCGAGAUUCCCGCGAGCAUCGGCCUCCUCCCGGCACUGAUCGAUCUCCGGCUCUUCAACAACAGUCUGACCGGGGUUCUACCACCGGAAUUGGGGAAACAUUCCUCGCUGUCGGAUGUUGAUGUCGGCCAUAACAUGAUCUCCGGCUCGCUACCAGAGUAUCUCUGCGCCGGCGGAUAUCUCAACUCGAUCGUCGUUCCUAACAACAACCUCACCGGCAACAUGCUGGCGUCUCUCAACAACUGCUCCACCCUGGCCUACAUCGAUAUCCAAAACAACAGAUUUUCCGGCAACAUUCCAUCAGCGGCCAAGAGUUUGCGGGUCCUUGAAGCAACCAACAACUUACUAUCCGGUAAAAUUCCAGCUGUCUUGACCGGAAUCUCUGAACUCUCGGAGCUACAUCUCGGAGGGAACCAGAUCUCUGGCCAAAUCCCGCCAGGGAUAUCAGAGCUGAAAUAUCUGUAUUCUCUUAACCUCAGCAGCAACCAUCUUGUGGGCAAGAUUCCUGCAGCAAUUGGGUCCUUACAGCAACUCAUCUCACUCGACCUAUCGAUUAACCAACUGUCCGACUCAAUUCCACCAGAGAUCGGAGGCCUCAAGCUCAAGACGCUCAACCUCUCGUCCAACCGGCUCUCCGGCGAGAUCCCGAUCUCAUUACAGGACGCUGCCUACAAUCGAAGCUUCCUCUCAAACCCCAGCCUCUGCGCUUCCAGUGAGCUCUUAAACGUCCCCAUCUGCAAACAUGGCUUGCAAUGGAAGCUCCGUAUGGUGCUCAUCGUUCUCGCUUCACUUGUCUCCUUGAUGGCCACUGUCUUCGCUGCGUUCGCAAGAAGAGGGCGCCAUGGGAGAAGCAAUGGCAGAGUUCUACCCACGCGGAAGAUGAUGUCUUUCUAUCCGUUGGAUUUUACUGAGUCCACCAUCCUGAGUGGGCUUACGGAGGACAACCUUAUCGGGAGCGGCGGUGGUGGAAAAGUAUAUCGGAUUGUGCUCGAAAACCACGUCGCACAGAUCGUGGCCGUUAAAAAGAUCUGGAACAGUAGGAAGCUUGAUUCCCUACUGGAGAAGGAGUUCCAAUCCGAGGUCCAAAUCCUAGGUUCAAUCCGUCAUGCUGGUAUUGUUAAACUACUUUGCUGCCUCUGGAGCGUCGAUACGAAACUGCUGGUGUACGAGUACAUGGAGAACGGGAGCCUGGAUCGGUGGCUUCACAAGAAGUGGAGGGUGGGGGAGCAAAUCGAAGAGAUGAACUCUGAUCACAUGCCUUUAUUAGAUUGGUCCACCAGGUUGCGGAUUGCUAUCGAUGUGGCACGAGGAUUAUGCUACAUGCACCACGGUUGCUCCCCGCCUAUCGUGCACCGAGAUGUGAAGUCGAGUAACAUACUAUUAGACUUCGAAUUUAGAGCCAAGGUGGCUGAUUUCGGUCUGGCUAGAAUGCUCGUCAAGCUUGGAGAGGACAACACGGUGUCGGCUGUAGCGGGAACAUUCGGUUACAUGGCCCCUGAAUGCGCAUACUCGAGAAAAAUAAAUGAGAAGAUGGAUGUGUAUAGCUUUGGAGUGAUUCUUUUGGAACUAACCACUGGAAAAAAGGCAAAUGAUGGUGGAGAAUAUGGUAAUCUAGCAGAGUGGGCUUGGCACUGCUUACAGGAGGAUGACAAGAUGAUCGAUGCUAUAGAUCAGGAUAUCAAGGACCCGAUAUUUAUAAAGGAGAUUGCAUUUGUCUUUAAAUUAGGAGUCACGUGCACUAGUCCAUCAUCUUCAUCAAGGCCUAGAAUGAAGGAUGUACUCCAAAUCUUAUUAAGACGUCAACGUCAACAAGCUGUUGCAAAUGAUACUACGGUGUGAAUGAAAAGAUGAUACUAGAGCUCCUACCAUUGCAGCUGGCAGUGAAAAUCUCAGUUAGCCCAACUACAGGCUGUCAUAUCCAUGAACAAUUCUUUUAUAUAUGCAGCAACGAGUGAUGGAAGUAUGUUAGGCAACAUCAAUUGGCAACAGUCUAUAGGUAAGCACAGUAUUCUCCAUGUCAAUUAUCUCCCCUAAUAAACAUUGUGUAUUCCCUUGUA